AUGUCUUAUUUAUGUUGUUAUAUCGCCUUUAUGUAUCUUGGGACCAUGGUGUAAAUAAGUAUUCUCACUUUGACAUGUUGUUUUGGAUUUUGUUUUAUGUCUGUGAUCCAUUAAUAAAUCAUAGUACACACAUGUAGCAACUUUGCACCACUGGUUAUUGCGUUAGUGACAGUAACUGCACGUGUCUACAUUUUAUGAAAACGUACAUAUAUAAACCUGCAUUUCUUCACUUUGUUACCUUAAAACUGAGUCAUAGCUGAAUUUAGUUGUUUAUGAAAUACUUUUGGAAGCACUUUUCUUUUCUUUUCAGUCAGGCAUUAGCCGGGCAAGCUGCGGGUCUCUCUGGGAAAAGUGGGUGGCGUUGUUGUAUGCAGGCAUGGAGAGAGACGCGGACCAGCUCUGCAGCUGCAGUUUCUAAUGUGAUGACAGCUGAUUCUACCGAGACACAACCGGGGCCGCCGUGUCUCUUUCCACUGUCAACAUGUUUCCUUGACUGUCACGGUGAAAUAAAGCUGUCCUGUCCUCUCCUGGAGAUAAUAAUGACUCUGCGUUCGGCUCCAAAGCUGCGGGAAGUGUAGCUGCUGAAAAGUUGCGCCGCGGAGAGAAAAAGCUGCUCCGCCACCACAUCAGCAAGCCCUGAAGAAGUUGGAUAUCUUGUCUGACUGGAUCUAACUUAACGGCCAGGGUCCACUUUUUCCUCUCAAACCACUUCACAGGUUAUGAGUAAUGGAAGCAGGAUCAGUGGUGCGUGCCGUGUUCGAGUUUCUCCCCAGUGUCUCUGAGGAGCUGCCGCUCUUCACUGGUGAUGUCAUUGAGGUGCUCAGUGUCGUAGAUGAGUUCUGGUUGCUUGGUAACAAAGAUGGCGUCACAGGUCAGUUUCCCAGUACCUUUGUGGAAGAGAUUACAAUUCCCAGCACCAAGCCUGGAGACAGUCUGUAUGUGUGCAUCAGUGAUUUCAGCUCAACAGAGUCGGGGAACCUGUCUCUUAAGAGAGGUGAUGUGGUUGUGGGAGAGGCAGGAGGGUCCAUUGACCUCGGGGAAACCUGGCAACGUGGCUGUAAUGCCUUGGGCAUCCGUGGUCUCUUCCCCUUAUCAUGUGUGAAGGAGCUGAACCUUUCAGGGCGCUCCAGGCAGCUGUCUGAGCGCUCAGCUCAGGCUCAGGCUUUAGAGCUCCCACCGUAUGCCCUAGGCCAGGCCCGUGCGCUUAUGAGCCUCCAUGCACAGCUCAAUGAGGAGCUGGACUUCCGCGAGGGGGACUUGAUCAUCAUCACAGGCCUGCCUGAGCCGGGUUGGUUCCAGGGGGAGCUGGAUGGCCGCAGGGGCAUUUUUCCGGAGGGGUUUGUGGAGCUGUUGGGUCCCCUCCGAUCUCCUCAAGAGCCUUUGGACUGCCAGUAUUUGAACAAUGACCCUCAGCAAUUUAGCUACGAGGACCCUUAUGAUGCAGGAGAGGGGACUGAGGAGGAAGGUGCAGAGGAAGGGGAGAUUUUCCUGACAGAGGUAGAGGAGCAGAAGGAGGCUGAAGUAGAAGAAGAGGAAGAGGAGGAGGAGGAAGGCGGUGUCUAUGGAGUGGCACUGUAUGAAUUUCGGGCCAUGGAACCAGGCGAGCUGGACUUUGACGUGGGGGACCGCAUACGUGUUAUAAGCACUUUGGAAGAUGGUUGGCUGGAGGGGGAGCUGAGAGGGCAACGUGGUAUUUUCCCUCAUCGUUUUGUGAAAAUGGAAGAUGACGGGCAGAAAACUGCAGAGGAAACAAAUGUUGUUGAACCAGAAGAAGAGAAAGAGAACAGCUGUACUUCAGAAUACAGCUCAGGUCAUAUAUGUCCCAACGGGUCAGGGAAUGAUCCUGAAUGGAAAGCAUACGAGGAUCAUACAGUAUGGGACCUGGACUACUUUGAGAGGACUGAGGAGCAGAGGUGGCAAAGUGAAAACAAAAGCACCGGAGCACAAACUGACAACAGAGAGCAGAGAGAAAGGGGUAGUAGGCCUGACUCUCAGCCACGUAGACCUGUCGUCCCAGCUCAUAGAGGGCCUGAGAGACCCAAGUCCACUCCUCCAGCAAGGCCCAGACUCCCACCUCGGCCCAACCUCCCUGCACGUAGCCAUAGGCAGCAUAUUGGCCCAUCUUCUAACACGAAUCGAUCCAGUUAUACUAAUGGCAACACAAGACCUUUGCAGCCCAAACUCACUCAUAGCCUAACUCUUCCCAGCACUCACUCUGGUUGGUCAAAAGACAGCAGAUCCUACCAGAGGUCGCCAGCGGAUGGUGCCAUCACCAAUAACAGAAGUGCCAGUCUUGGCCAGGCAUUAAUUAACCUUGUUGAGGGCCAUAUGCAGAAGAAGCUAUCUCGCCAUGCUAGCGUCAGUGAUGCAGAUAUGAUGAUGGGCAGUGCUGAGACACGUUCAAUCGCCUUAGAUGCCCUGGCAACCUCAGCUGGUGACUUGGAAGCAAAGCUAUCGCAGCAGCUUUUCGAAUUUGAGAAAAGCUUGACUACUCCAUAUUGUGAUACCAACAUGAGCUCUGGUGCUUCUGUAGGUGACCUGCAAUCCCAUAUCUCGCGCCACUUUUCUAUUCUGGACUAUGGCGAUGAGAGUGAUAUCAUUCGAGGCUCCUCACAUUCUCCAGUGUCCCACCUCUUGCAGUCGAACUCUGCCUCUUCUUCACUAGAGAGACGCAGGACCCUCCGUCCUCCUCCUCCUCGUCCGAGAGCCUUUCGUCCUCCAGCCCCAUAUGCAUGCAAACCAGCCCGCCCCGCUCCACGUCCCCCUCCCCGUUGCCCGAGACAACACGCUGCUCCGCCAACUAGCGACUCCCUUACCAACAGCCCCAUUUUCUACACCCCUGACGAGCCAACUUCAAACCUCCUCGAUCAAAUAACAGAAGGACAGGCUGAGUUUGGUGACCUCGCAGCUGCCCAGGAACAUGAAAUCCAGUGCCAGCUGGAAGCAGAGAGAGAGUUGGAAAGAGAGAUGGAGUUGGAGAGUGAGAGACAGAGGGAAGAGGAGGAGAGGUACCAGAUGUUGCUACGGCUACAAGAGGUGGAGCACGACAUGGAGGCCUACGCACAAACGGCAGAGGAACUCAGGGCCAUGUUGGAGGAGGAGGAGGAUGAGACAGCCCGCAUGCAAGUCAUGGAGAAUCUGGAGUUCUGCAACUAUACGCUGGACACGCUGGCCCUGGAACAGCAGCAGCUGCAAGAGAUGACACUCCUGUCGUCCCAACCCAAACCCUUGGAGCCUGCCUCAGUCUCGGAUGCGACCCCCGCCGCUGGAACAGAGGAUCCUGAGCUGAGGAUGCUGGAGAAGAGGUCAAAAGUCAUCGAAGAGCUGCUGCAGACAGAGAAGGACUACAUCAAAGACCUGCAGAUGUGCGUGGAGGAGAUCAUUGAGCCACUGCAGAAGAAGCAGGUGAAGAACGUGGACUUUGAUGGACUCUUUGGCAACAUCAACUCUGUGAUUGACCUGUCGCAGCGCCUCUUUGACGCACUGCACGACACAGACUCUAUCGGAAAGGUAUUUCUGGACUUCAAAGCAGAGCUGGAGGAGGUUUACAAGAUCUACUGCCAGAACCACGAUGAUGCUAUCUCUCUGCUAGAGAGCUACGAGAAAGAUGAAAACAUCCAGCGUCAUGUGUUGGAGUGUCUGGAGAGGCUGAGAGCCAUAUAUCGAGAGUGGGGGAAAACAAAUUACAUCAACCUUGGCUCUUUCUUGAUCAAGCCGGUGCAGCGGGUGAUGCGUUACCCACUGCUGCUGAUGGAGCUGCUGGGGGCCACGCCGGAGAGCCACCAUGACCGGCCCCAGCUGACUCAGGCUCUGCAGGCCGUCAAGGAGAUCAACGUAAACAUCAACGAGUACAAGCGCAGGAAGGACCUCGUGGUGAAGUACAGGAAAGGUGACGAGGAUACAUUCAUUGACAAGAUCUCCAAGCUGAGCAUGCACUCCAUUAUCAAAAAAUCCAACCGAGUCAGCAGCCACCUCAAGCACCUCACGGGAAUUUCACCCCAGAUUAAAGAUGAAGCGUUUGAUGAGGCUGAAAAGCGAUUCAGGCUGCAGGAGAGACUCAUCAAGUCUUUUAUCAGGGACAUUUCUUUGUACCUGCAACACAUCAGGGAAUCUGCAUCUGUGAAAGUCCUGGCAGCCAUCAGUUUCUGUGACAUCUACACAGAGCGAAGUAUUCUGGACCCCGAGCGUUUCCAGAGAGCUCACCGCAGCAUCAGCGACAAACAAUUCACAGAAUUUAAAGAACGCACAGAGGCCUUAGUCAUCAACCCGCUCACCCAGCUGCUCCUCAUGUUUGCCGGGCCCCACAAACUCAUCCAAAAGCGCUUUGACAAGCUGCUGGACUACGACAACUGCAAGGAGCGUGCUGACCGCCUUAAGGACCGUCGUGUCCAGGAUGAGCUGCAGGUGGCACGCAACAACUAUGAGGCGCUCAACGCCCAACUUCUGGACGAGCUUCCCAAGUUCCACUGUGCAGCAGAAGAUCUUUUCACUGGCUGUGUGAGGGCUUUCGCUCAAGCCCAGAAGGACUUCAUGAAGACGACACUUGGAGAGCUGAAACCCCUCCUUCAGGUUUUUUCUCGCAAAGUUGGCACAGAGGGCAACCUGAUUGCACAGUUCCAAGAGGAGUAUGGUCGCGUUCUCCAACUUCUGCAGAGUUUUAGCUUCUGCCCGGAGAACCUGCCUCCAGCCACCACCACAAAAAAACCCUUUGAGAGGAAGACUCUAGAGAAGCAGACCUCCAAAAAGCAACUGCAAGGACCUCCCAACCACACUCUGCAGACAGAUGAGCACCGUGCAGGGCUUCUGGUACGCUAUGGCCCUGAGAAACUCUUCCAGGCCGAGAGGAACUUCAACGCAGCCCAAGAUCUGGACGUCUCUAUACUAGAGGGAGACCUUGUGGGUGUUAUCAAGCAACAGGACCCCAUGGGAAGCCAUAAUCGCUGGCUGAUUGAUACUGGAGUCACCAAGGGUUUUGUGUACAGCUCCUUCCUGAAACCUUACAACCCACGCAGAAGCCAGUCAGACGUAUCCAUUGAGAGUCAGUCGUCCAAUGAGUCAGGCUACGGCGGCUCCUCCCCUGUUUUUUCCCGCCAGAACAGCAACAGCACACUGACCUUUAACCAGGAAACAGCCACUGUCAGCUUUUCCACUGGGCAGCCCCAAAGUCAAUCAUCGCCACACCCUUCGAUGGACUCUGCCUCCUCUCGUAGGAGUCACCACAGAGAUAUACCGAACCCCGACUCUGCCAGUCAGACCAACUCCAUAAACUCCUCACCUCGAAAUUUCUCAAACCGUCGGGAAUUCUCAGACCAAACGCACCGAAGUUCCCCCAGUCACAGAGACACAGAGCCCUCCUACCGGCACUCGGGUAGUCACAGAGACUCAUAUGACACAAGUCAUGCGAGUCCGACUGGCCACAAGGAGAUGUCGGACCUCUAUGACACAGACUCAAAUUCUUCACUCAGAAGCAGUCGUUCACAGCGGUAUGGACACACAGACAAGGCCUAUAGUUCAUACCAGUGGAGAAAUGGAGAUAGCGGUGGCCAGAAGAAGUCUGCGUACUCUCGAGAUGAGUACAUUGAGCAGGAGCCAGAACCAGAACAUGAGAGUGAAUUAGAUGGUCAUCAGAUAUACUAUGCCCUCUACUCCUUCAAUGCACGUUGUGCCAAUGAACUGAGCAUCUCAGCCAAUCAGCGGCUGCGUAUACUGGAGUUCCAGGAUAUGAACGGCAACAGUGAUUGGUGGCUGGGGGAGGCUGGAGGCCGACGAGGCUACGUGCCUUCCAACUACAUCCGCAAAUCAGAAUAUACAUGAACAAUUUGAACCAAGUGCUGAUACCUGAGACUGUAUUGCGAUCACACUGUGAGCACACACAGAACAAAAAGACAAACAAGCAUCUGGACACAUGGUGACUUAUUUUUUGAUCUGUUGUCAUGGAGUUUGAAAGUGAGAAGGACUGACUAGUGCUGCUGACUACUCAAAGUUAGCAUUAUAUGCCUAUAUUUAUAGACUUUUUAUAUUAUUUUUACUUACUGGAAACUGCACCCUACCCCCUCUCGUUUCCAGUGGAAAACCUGUGAAUUGCACCAGGAUUUUGCCAUAUUCUCUGGGGCUGAAGAUAAUGAAUGAUAUGCUUAAAGACAGAAUGAGUAGGAUUUGUCGGUUGUGGUUUGUAAACACAACAUUCAAAGUUGGCCCCUGCUGCCCGGCUCAACGGCACCAGAAGUGCUACGCUGCUAUGUCACUAUGUUCUUAUAGAGUCCCACUGCCCAAAGGUUGACACCCAGAAACGCCCGAACACAGCAAAAUAAUAAUAAGAUACAGGCAGAGGGCAGAGU